UUAUCUCUCACCGCACACACACUCAAAUUUCCACCGAAUGGCGAAAAUAUACAAAGCACGUCUGACAGCGAGAGAAGAAAACGAAUAAAAAAAAGGAGAAAAACUUCAUACUGAAAAUUUACACGAGAUUCUGCUCGACUGUUGUUUAUCCGCCGGACGCUGCUGAUGCUGAGUGUUUUCAAUUGGAUAAAAAAAAACUUCUUCAAAAACGGAAACGGCGACGAUCAGGACUUCAGACCUUUGUACGACUUCAAACCACAAACAGAUGUAGCCUACAUUGAACCAAACACCUCCGUUUGAUGAGACCUCAGGCAUUCCGUUAUCAUCCGAGAAGAUUUUGUGUUUGACGCCGACAGGAUGGGCAACAGCAGCAGUGACAGGUCCAGUGGGGAGAGGUCAUACCGAGAUGGGCAGCAAGGAGGGAAGGAGGCCCGGCCCAACAUCAUGAUGGACAGCACAGAGGACGCAGACCUGUUCCACAGAGAGGAUCCAAAAACUCCACAGGAAAUACAGGAAUUUCUUGCCUGGCAGCAGGACUUGGAUUGCAACAGUAAAAAUCCAACACAUGCCACCCCAACUGUGUUCAGGUGGUCAGGGUCUGCCAAGGAAGUCUAUGUCUCUGGCUCUUUUAACAACUGGACCACCAAGAUUCCCCUUAACAGAAGUCAGAAAAACUUUGUGGCUAUAGUGGAUCUGCCGGAGGGAGAACACCAGUACAAGUUUUGUGUGGAUGGUCAGUGGACUUUGGAUCCAACAGGGUCUGUGACCACAUCUAAAACUGGAACCGUCAACAAUGUCAUUCAGGUGAAAAGUAGUGAUUUUGAAGUCUUUGAUGCCCUCAGGAUUGACUCGCAGGAUUCAGCAGACAUGUCAGAUUUGUCCAGUUCCCCACCAGGUCCCUAUCAGCAGGACGGAUAUAUUAUCAAGCCAGAAGACAAAAUCAAGCAGCCGCCUAUCUUACCGCCCCACCUGCUCCAAGUGCUGCUCAACAAGGACACAGGUGUCUCUUGUGACCCGACGCUGCUUCCAGAGCCUAACCAUGUCAUGCUCAAUCACCUCUAUGCCCUCUCCAUCAAGGACGGGGUGAUGGUUCUCAGCGCUACACACAGAUACAAGAAGAAAUAUGUGACCACUCUUCUGUACAAACCGAUAUAAUCUGCAGAAACACAAUCCAGCAUCUUACUCUUAAAGAUCAAUUGUGUGAAAGCUGUGUUGUUGUUGUUAGUUUUGUUUUGUUGAAACUGGACAAAAAUGUAUUCCUGAUAUUAGUUAGACAUUUUUUUUACCACUUUGAUAAUCUUGAGCAUAUUUGAGUAAAUCCUAUUUCAUAAUGUUUUCUGUAAAUAAACACAUUUUGAUUUAUUAA